UUAAGGAAUAUUAGGGCGAUGGAAGUUACACAGGUGCUUUUGAAUGCACAAUCAAUAGAUGGAGCUGUGCGGAAGAAUGCUGAGGAAAGCUUGAAACAGUUUCAGGAGCAGAACCUUCCUGGUUUCUUGCUGUCACUUUCUGGGGAGUUGGCAAAUGAGGAGAAGCCUGUUGAAACACGUAAAUUGGCGGGUUUGAUACUUAAGAAUGCAUUGGAUGCUAAGGAACAACACAGGAAAUAUGAGCUUGUUCAAAGAUGGUUGUCAUUGGACGCCAAUGCGAAGAGCCAGAUUAAGGCAUGCUUGUUAAAGACUCUCUCUUCUGCUGUAGGUGAUGCUCGAUCAACUGCAUCUCAAGUCAUUGCCAAGGUUGCUGGCAUUGAGUUGCCACAGAAACAGUGGCCCGAGUUGAUAGGUUCUCUUUUAUCAAAUAUUCAUCAGCUACCAGCUCAUGCUAAGCAAGCCACUUUAGAGACCCUUGGAUAUAUGUGUGAGGAGGUCUCGCCUGACAUUGUUGAUCAAGAUCAAGUAAAUAAAAUACUUACUGCUGUAGUUCAAGGUAUGAGUGCAUCAGAAGGAAACACUGAUGUGAGGCUUGCUGCUACCAGAGCACUUUACAAUGCUCUGGGAUUUGCUCAGGCGAAUUUCAGCAAUGACAUGGAGCGUGAUUAUAUAAUGAGAGUCGUCUGUGAGGCAACCCUGUCCCCAGAAGUGAGGAUAAGGCAGGCAGCUUUUGAGUGUUUGGUCUCCAUUUCAUCAACUUACUAUGAGAAACUAGCUCCUUAUAUCCAGGAUAUUUUUAGCAUCACAGCAAAGGCUGUGAGGGAAGAUGAGGAACCUGUCUCCCUUCAAGCCAUUGAGUUCUGGAGUUCAAUAUGUGAUGAGGAGAUAGAUAUUUUGGAAGAUUAUGGAGGUGAGUUCACUGGGGAUUCUGAUAUUCCUUGCUUUUACUUUAUCAAGCAAGCACUCCCUGCGCUUGUUCCUAUGCUGUUGGAGACACUCUUGAAGCAGGAGGAAGAUCAGGAUCAGGAUGAAGGGGCUUGGAAUAUUGCAAUGGCUGGGGGAACCUGUCUUGGGUUGGUUGCACGGACUGUGGGUGAUGAUAUUGUCCCUCUUGUUGUGCCAUUUAUUGAGGAGAAUAUAACAAAACCAGAUUGGAGGCAGAGGGAGGCGGCAACUUAUGCCUUUGGUUCAAUCUUGGAGGGCCCUUCCCCUGAAAAGUUAAUACCUCUUGUUAAUGUUGCCUUAAACUUCAUGCUCAGUGCUUUGACAAAGGACCCCAAUAGCCAUGUCAAAGACACUACUGCCUGGACCCUUGGACGAAUCUUUGAAUUCCUUCAUGGUUCAGCUGUAGAUUCACCCAUCAUCACUCAGGCAAAUUGCCAGCAGAUAGUCACUGUGCUCCUUCAGAGUAUGAAGGACACUCCAAAUGUUGCUGAGAAAGCCUGUGGUGCUCUCUACUUUCUUGCUCAAGGUUAUGAGGAUGUGGGUCCAUCAUCUCCUUUAACUCCUUUCUUCCAGGAAAUUGUCCAGUCCCUUCUCACUGUCACCCACCGAGAAGAUGCAGGGGAAUCACGGCUGAGGACUGCUGCCUAUGAGACACUGAAUGAAGUGGUGAGGUGUUCAACCGAUGAGACAGCUCCAUUGGUGUUGCUUGUGCCUGUCAUCAUGAUGGAGCUUCAUAACACUCUUGAGGGGCAGAAACUGUCGUCUGAUGAAAGGAAGCAGAGUGAAUUGCAAGGCCUUCUUUGUGGGUGUUUACAGGUCAUCAUUCAGAAGCUUGGUUCAUUAGAACCAACCAAGUAUGUGUUCAUGCAGUAUGCAGAUCAGAUAAUGGGGCUUUUCCUUAGGGUUUUUGCUUGUAGGAGUGCCACUGUACACGAGGAGGCCAUGCUUGCCAUUGGAGCCCUUGCUUAUGCAACAGGACCAGAUUUUGCAAAGUACAUGCCAGAGUUUUAUAGGUACUUGGAAAUGGGUCUUCAGAAUUUUGAAGAAUAUCAAGUCUGUGCUGUCACAGUUGGUGUUGUUGGUGAUAUUUCCCGGGCAUUGGAGGAAAAAAUUGUGCCUUACUGUGAUGGUAUUAUGACACAACUUCUCAAGAAUUUAUCAAGCAACCAGUUGCAUCGUUCUGUAAAGCCUCCCAUAUUUUCAUGCUUUGGUGACAUUGCAUUGGCAGUGGGAGAGUAUUUCGAAAAGUACUUAAUGUGGGCCAUGUCCGCGCUUCAGAGAGCAGCGGAGUUGUCUACCCAUACAGCCGGUGAUGAUGAAUUGACAGAGUACACAAAUUCCCUGAGAAAUGGAAUUCUUGAGGCAUAUUCUGGGAUUUUCCAAGGGUUUAAGAACUCUCCAAAAACUCAGCUCUUGAUUCCCUAUGCACCUCACAUUCUCCAAUUCUUGGAUGGCAUAUACAUGGAGAAAGACAUGGAUGAUGUGGUCAUGAAAACUGCCAUUGGUGUCCUUGGAGAUCUAGCUGAUACGUUGGGAAAUCAUGCUGGUUCUCUGAUACAGCAAUCUCGCUCAAGCAAAGACUUUUUAAAUGAAUGCUUGUCUUCAGAGGACCAUAUGAUUAAAGAAUCUGCUGAAUCCAAGUUGGCCAUUAGCCGUGCUAUUUCAGUUGAGGUGUUGCCAUUCAGCAUGUUUAUUUUCUCUUGGAAGUCCAUGCAUUUGGGUGUGUUGAGUUGAGGGUCUGGGAUUGCAUGUGUCAAGUCAUCGCCAUUGUCAGACAACAGAAGUAAUCGGUCUUCAAGUUGUCACUAACUCUUGCAUCAUCAUCAAUCAUCAUCAUCAUCAUCAUCAUCAUCAUCAUCAUCAUCAUUAUCCGGGGGUCAGAUUCCAUUUUUUGUCGUGGAGGAAGAGGAUAGGGAUGGUUUCAGAGAAGUUAAUGAGCGCCUCCGUGAAUUGUGGUUGAGAAUAUCUUUUGGUCCCGAAGGAUUGAAGUAAGGAGGGAUCAGUAACUGUGACAAGCUGGAGUGACUGACUAGUCAGGUGCUUGGUCACUUGCUGUUUGUACGCCCCAUGUGUCAAGACAAACAUUAUUUUUGCCUUGGUGUGGUUUUCUCCAUGUAAAUUUAGGUUGUUGGAGUGGAUGACUGAGGAUUUGGUUCAAAGUGCUGCAGCACCUCAAGAUAUCUCAAGUGCUGCAUUUCACCGUUGGCCUUCCAUCACCUAGUUUUGGUUCUAAGCGUUCCUCACCCGCUUCUUUUUGUAGUUCAAGUCAGCAUAUUUCUUAAGUAUACACAAGUGGUUGGGUUGCAUUUAUUCUCCGCUGCUUCGGUUGUAUAUUUUGUUUCAGUGGGGUCGGGGGUUAACCACAUACUGCAUAUGCUAUUGGGAUCAUUUCAUCCUGCAUUGCAUUAUUGUUGUUCCUUUUUUCUUCUUCUGUUUUUUACUCUAAUUUCAUUUGUUAGAAAGUCUUGAGUCAAUUGUUCAAUAUCAUGCAUUCAUAAAUUAUCUGUUUUCUGUUUCCUUCUAUCAUACAAUUUUUUUUCGCGUUGCUUCAGAGUUAAGAUUGUAUAAUUUUAUUUUUGGUUGUCAGUGCUUAUAGAAAGUGAUACUAUAUCAAAAUGUGGGCUUGACAUGAAAAGGGCUGAAUGAGGCAAUGUAUUUCUUGAUUAAAUUCUAAAAUAGGGCGGUUGCCUUUUUGCUUCAUUUUAGAAUUUCUGUAGCUUUGAUUAAAUUGAUUGGGCUGUGGCUCUUGCCUUGCA